AUGACCCACUCUUUGGUUUGUCCAGCGACAGUGAGCAGGGUGAGUUCGGUGCUGAAUCGGAACACUAGGCAGUUUGGCAAGAAGCACCUCUUCGACCAGGACGAGGAGACGUGUUGGAACUCGGACCAGGGUCCCUCCCAGUGGGUAACACUGGAGUUUCCCCAGUGCGUCUGUGUCUCCCAGCUGCAGAUCCAGUUCCAGGGGGGCUUCUCCAGUCGCCAGGGCCGCCUGGAAGGUUCUCUGGGGAGUGAGGCUCUUAGCAAGAUUGUGGAUUUUUACCCUGAGGACAACAACUCACUUCAGAUAUCCUGCUUCAGCUGCUGGGUGGACCGGCUGAAGGUGACGUUUGAGGACACCACUGAUUUCUUUGGCCGAGUGGUCAUCUAUCACCUACGUGUGCUAGGGAAGAAGAAGGUGUGA